AAAGUUAUAACUGCAGUUCUGUUAAUUCUAAUAUUCCUUAAAUGGUUUUGAUAUAUUGUUUUCAUAAAAAAAUUUCGGUGGCUGAAUCUACAAUUCUACAUGCGCACCUGAUGUUGUCGUCAUUAAUUAUGCUAUAAAUAUAAAGUAUCAUUAAACUCUAUUCAAAAGUAUUUUCAAGACCAAAGCAGCUUAAAUCGUUCGAAAUAUCGUUUCGGAUAAAUAAUUUCUUAAUAUAUAUCGAAAAUUUAGUUUAGUUUACUAUAACACACUUGCUUUUUUUUCUUCACAUGCUUUUUGUAGUAUGUCAACAAUAAUCAUGUCAGCAACAAACACUAGACCUACAAGAACGUCCCGCCGAAAACGGCCACCAAACCCAAAUUGGCGUGAAGAUUUUUAUCGCAAUGGAAGACCGGAUGAACAGGAAGUAAUAGUUAUUUCGGAUUCUCCUACACCACCUCCUGUGCACAUCCGAAAACCACCUUCGCAAAUUGAGACGAGGGGUAUGAAACGUGGAAGGCGUUCUCCACCACAGUUAUCUGACACUCAACAGCUACAGUCUUCACAGGUGUCACUUCAAUCAAUUUCAGCUGUUCCAACGCAUAAAAGGCGACGGAAGCCUGGAAUUCAGACAGCUCAAAUUCACCAACAAUAUAAUGAUACGUCCUAUCGUUCUUACAUUUCAACGAGUUCACAUACUUCUGCACAUUAUCGAGAGCCAAUUUCGGCGAGAGAGUCUUAUUCAUCCGCAUCUUCAUCACGUCAAGCAAUAAUACCCAGUCAUGAUGAUAAAGAUGGGCAUUACAUUGUAAAGAUUGGCGAUGAUUUGACUUCAAGAUACAGAAUUACUCGCCAGCUGGGUCAGGGUACUUUCGGAAAAGUUGUACAAUGUUUCGAUCGUGUUUCAAAUCGACACGUUGCGAUUAAAAUUAUUCGUGCGGUACAAAAGUAUCGUGAUGCAAGUAAAAUCGAGAUAAGAGUUUUAAACACUUUAAGAGAUCAAGACCCUUCAAAUCUUUACAAAUGCAUCCAUCUUCGAGAUUGGUUCGAUUUCCGCAACCAUAUUUGUAUGGUUUUCGAUUUAUAUGGUUGUUCAUUAUUUGACUUCUUAAAGCAAAAUGAUUUUGCGCCUUUUCCGAUGAAUCAAAUUCAACAUAUAGCGAAGCAAUUGUUAAAUUCUGUGGCUUUUUUACACUCAUUGCGUUUAGUACAUACGGAUUUGAAACCGGAGAAUAUUCUAUUAGUAAAUGAUCAAUGUAAAACUAUACCUUCGAAGCGUUCAAAACGUAUGUUAUUGGACACAGAUGUAAGAUUAAUCGACUUUGGUAGUGCAACAUUUGACGAUGAAUAUCAUUCAUCUGUCGUUUCGACUCGACAUUACCGAGCACCAGAAGUUAUAUUAGGAUUAGGGUGGUCAUAUUCUUGUGAUCUCUGGUCUGUUGGUUGUAUUCUUGUUGAGCUGUUCACGGGAGAAGCCCUGUUUCAAACUCACGAAAAUUUAGAACAUUUGGCAAUGAUGGAACAUGUUCUUGGUAAAAUUCCAGAUAGGCUUGUUCGACAAAUGAGCCGACAUCAUCAGUCAAAGUAUUUUAGGGGAAGUAGAUUACUUAAUUUUCCUAACGACGAUACAACAAAACAGAGCCGCAAAUAUGUCAAGUCGUUACGUAGUUUGAAUGAAAUUAUCGAGCCUGAAAAAUCAACUUUUAAAAACCAAUUUUAUGAUCUUUUGCGGCAAUUGUUGUUAUAUGAUCCAACUGAAAGAAUUUCAGCGCGUACUGCGCUUAGACACCCUUUUUUUUACAUGUUCUUUGAUGAGGAGGGUAGACAUAUUCGCUAAGGGGAUAUCUAUAAAUUAAAUAUAUUGGCAAGAAAUAAUUUUCUUUCCUAUUCUGUAUAUAUAGAUUUGCUGGGAUUUAAUUGUGAACAUUUUUUAUUUUAUUUGCUUGUAGCCAAAUCAUAACUCGAUUUGAUUCAAAUCGUUUUGUUUAUUUGUAUUCAUUUGAUUUUUUUAAUACAUGUGUUUUUUAUGCAUGUAUUUUUUUUUUUAUUUGAGAUUAUAUAUUUUUCUU